ACAUGGCUGCGAUCAGGAGUGGGGUGACUCCGGGUUGUCUAACAAGAUGUUUUUUAAGACAAAGUGGAAUAUCAAGUGCAGGCAACCCUUCAUUUACAGAGAGAUGGAACCAGAGGUUUCUACAGAGAUCCCAUCUUCACACAGUAAUAGAAUGCAGGAGUCCUACAACUAGAGCUGUUCUCGGUCGACGUCACAAUGGAAGGUUAUUAUUGGUCAGCGCGGUGUCCGUCAGGCACAACGGCUCACAGGUCCCCAGUGAAAGUAUUCCUAUGGCAACUCCAGUGCUGGAAGCAUCCAUUGACAGCCCUGUCGUCGUUGACCCCGCCUCUACUAUCACACAGCCAAUCGCCGAGCAGGUGUUAGAGGCUGCACCAACCGCAGUGGAUAUUCUGCAGGGGGUGGGAGCAGAGCUGAGCCUAUCAGAGCUGGGCCUGGGAAGCGCCACUCCUGUUGGCCUGGUCCAGAACCUACUGGAGUUCAUGCAUGUGGACAUUGGGAUGCCGUGGUGGGGAGCCAUUGUCGUAGGCACAGUGCUGGCUCGCAUCAUGGUGUUCCCGGUCAUCGUGAAGGGUCAGAGGGAGGCGGCCAAGCUGAACAACGUUAUGCCAGAGAUGACUAAACUCACCAACAAGAUGAACGAGGCCAAACAGAGUGGAAACAAGUUCGACUUUGCUAAGGCGUACUCUGACCUGACCAUGUUCCAGAAGAAACAUGACGUCAACCCUCUCCGUGGCUUCCUUGUCCCUUUGGUGCAGACUCCAGUCUUCAUCUCCUUCUUCAUCGCUCUCAGAAAGAUGUCCUACCUCCCUGUCCCCAGUAUGCAGACAGGAGGUUGCUUGUGGUUCUUAGACCUCACAGCAGCAGACCCUUUCUACAUCCUCCCCAUUGCUGUGACCGGAACCAUGUUCGCUAUACUGGAGCUGGGGGCAGAGUCUGGUGUGGACAACCCUAACCUGAAAGCCAUGAAGACAGUGUUCAGAAUCAUGCCCUUCGUCAUCCUCCCUCUCACCAUUAACUUCCCCACGGCGGUGUUUACGUACUGGAUGACGUCCAACUGCUUCUCCCUGGCCCAGGUGGCCCUGCUCAAACACCCCCUGGUCAGACAGAAGCUGAGGAUCCCAGAGAGGGUCGAACACCCUACCUCCGCCCUGCCCCAGAACGACGGCUUCUUCGAGACCAUCAAGAAGGGCUGGAAGAAUGCUCAGCUUGCCCAGCAGUUGGAGGAGAGGGAGAGGAGGAUCAAGAACCACCUGGAUAUUGCAUCAAAAGGUCCAUUGAGACAGACCUUCACUCACAACCCUCUACAGCAGUCAACACCAUCCAUUGCAGCAACAACAGCAACCAAGUCAGCCAAAGCUAAACAAGCCUCCCCGGCAACUGGUGGUAAGAAGAGGCCAUGGGAGGAGACUAUUGGUUGAAGAAGAGUGACGGACAGUUUGAAGGCCCAAUGAAUUAUGUGUUCAUAUUUAUUGAGAGAGAAGUGUGUGGAGGGAUUGGUUCGACAGGACAUGGGCGCGCAGGGUUUGUCAUAAAUGUAUUAAAUAAAGAGCAAACUUCUGUGUACAUUAUGACAACCUGAAUUCUGAUUUGAAAACAGGAAAUCGUAUAGUUGAUUAUAUCCAUUGGAAUGACUGCAAUGGAAUUAUUACAACCAGAGUAAUAAUAUAUACACACACAAUUGACUGCCCCCGUUGUGCUGUUUUAUUUCUGAUAGUUUUCAAAACCUAAGAAGGUAAAGCAGAUCCAAUUUGUUGACACCACAACACAGUUGACUUGGAUACACAUCCUGAAUGCUAAUCAAUAAAAGUGUUAAAUUCGCUGC